UCUAUAAAACCAGUGUCAUUCCAAAGUUACCCAAUUCCAUAGCUUAGCCAAACGUCAACUCAUAAUGCCUGGCUCACUCGUACUAUGGAUUAUUUCUUACACUUUGUUCAUAACGUGCUACAUUUCUGAGCUACUUUUCGCUCAAGACUGGCAGUUACCAUUUAAUGGCAUCCACUCUCAGUCUUCUUCCUACUUUAAACGCAUACCCAACUCCUGUAUAGACGCCCAGAACAUAACGUCUUCGAGUGUUUACACGACUUUUGAUUGUCAAAUGAUGUGCACUCACAAACCAAGGUGCUUGUCGUUCAACUUUGGACUCCAAGAAAAUAAGGAGGGUCAUCACGUUUGUGAGCUUUUUGACGUGACAAAGUAUGGUGACAGCGCGCUGAUCAAGACUGACCUUUAUGAUUUUUACACAGUUCCUUCAGUUCCACGUUCCUGUAGUCACGCCAAAUCUCUUGGAUACGACGAAACCAGAAACUACACUAUCAACCCAGAUGCAAGUGGAAAUGCGGACACAUUCCAAGUAUUCUGUGACAUGCGUGACAAAGAUGGUGUUGGCGUGACAGUCGUGAGUCACGACAGCGAGAAUCGAAAUUUUGUUUCCGGAUGUGAAAAGCCAGGAUGUUACGGACGUGACGUAAAUUAUGAUGGAAUAUCUGACGUCAUUGCACAGCUGGGAGCACUGACAAAAGUCUCAACCCACUGCGAACAGUACAUCAAAUAUGAGUGCUAUGGUUCAAUGAUUUCAUCCCAUGCCUGGCUCGUGUCACGUGACGGGAGUCGACUGAAUUACUGGGGUGGUGCUCCUCCUAACAGUGGAAAGUGCGCAUGCGGUGUGGCGGAAAACUGUACUGGUGGCAGGCGCAAGUGUAACUGCAAUAUAAACACAAUGGAGUGGCAUGAAGAUUUUGGGCUUUUGAGCUACAAGGAUGACCUGCCAAUCACGAUGCUGAGGUUUGGUGACGUGACCCCAAGCGAAAAGGGUUACCAUACCCUUGGAAAGCUGAAAUGUUACGGACAAGCAUAAAAAACAAGCGGUGCUUAUAGAAAACAACACCAGUUUAGCCAUAGCGGUUAUCUUUUCCACUCAUACGACUUAUUAUUCCAUCCAUCAAGAACUCCUUUAAUGAAUUAGAACCAUUUUACGAUUAAUAGUUAUGUUGCUAUGACAUUAUCGGGCAAAUUGGCAAAUGUUCCGCGCCAUGAGCUAGCUAUAGUUAUUUGAAAACGAGUGUGUUUUUUUUCCUAAAAAGCUAAAGAAAAUAAUAAUUAUUAUAACAUAGCCACGAUUUAACGCGCGCUCUGAUUGGUUUAGCGUGCGCGAGCGUGCAUUUUAUUAACAAAUAUUUUUUUGAUCAAUGCGUUAGUUAUGCUUAUAUCCAGUUCUGAAUGCACUUGGGAGGUUGCUUAAGCACUCAAGAAGCAAGAGUUGCUGCGCCUCGUGCGACUCUUACGCUUCAUUCGUGCUUAGCAGCCUCCGGCGUGCAUCCAGAACUGGAUAUAAGCACGCUAACCAUUGACAACUGUUUAAUUUGAAAGCGGGAAAUAACGCGUAGUUUGAAUGGAAAAGAACGCUUAGUUCAUCUGAUCUACUGAACACUUGUUAAUUAAACGCAGAAAGAAAUUACCGAUGUUAGACACAUACUGUAUUUUUUACUUACUGUUCUCAGAUGUUGCACCAUGCAUGACCGCUAUGGACAAAAUUUUAAUUAUCUUUCAGCAUAAGGAAAAAGAAAUUACCGGUAAGUUAGAUUCCUAGUGUAUUUUACUACCUGUUCUCAGAUAUUACACGAUAACAGCUAGUGUACACGAUUGUGAUUAUCUUUCAUAAGGUUAUUCACUUGUAUUUUUCCUUUUCAUAAGGUUACAUACAAUUUAUUGUAGAUAGAUUCAAUAAGAUUCUGACUCGUUUAUCAGAUAAAACUGAAGUACGUAGAAAGGUUUAAAAAGUCUACCUGCUCACAGACUUGAAAAACCUAGGUUAGCUUGGAUUAAUUGAAUGACUUAAAAACCUCCUUUGUUUGCAAUUAUCGAAGAUGUGCUUUUUCACUAGUUCCUCAAUAAAUUGAUAAUGUGUUGCAACCAUCAUGCAUAGAUGUACAGCACAGAUACAGUAAUUAAAAACCAUGAAAACCAA